GGCCCUUCUGAUCACAAGUGUCUCCACCCUCCUCCGAAUCUAGGGCUGUUCUACGCAUUGCCCUCCCUCCUACUGCUCAGUUGGUUUGAACUGCAUCCCUCCCUUUCCAUCAAAGAGCUAGCCCACCAGCAGAUCUGUGGCUGUUCUCCCAGCCUGCCUGCAUACCCUCCCUCCUUUCCCCAUCAUUGACCACUGACUAUUCUCUAGAAUGGCCUGCUCCUCAUUGAUAGCAGGUAGCUGUCCACUGCUGUAGUGCUGAUACUUGCUGAUCUAUACACCCCUUGGACCUCAGCUGGAGGUAAGUAACAUAUAUUAUUAUAUAUACAUGCAUCAUGUAUGUUAGUGUUCUGAAAUAGAAUGUUCCAUAUUAAACAGACAAUCACUAUAUUCUUGGAUCCUUUAUCACUGAUUCCUGAUUCUUUAUUAUUUGCUUGGAUUUUAGACGCAUACACAGCUCUGAAGACUCCCUGUCUAGUAAUAAAUAAAUACACUUUUUGUUUGUGUUCACAUGGAAUAUCUUGCAUAGAGAUUUUACUGCAAUAUCCCACCUGCCAUGGCUUCCCUUAUAAUAUUACUACUGUGAAAUCCCUGGCUUCUAGCACAGAAUUGAGGAUUACUAAACAGAUGCUUGUGCUGCUGUAACUGGGCUGGGAUUGGGGCCAUGCAUCUGAUUUUUUAACCACUGGGCCAUGAACACUUAUCUUCUCAUCUGUACCCAUCUGUGCUUCUUAUAAUGUCCCUGCAGCUCAUACUAACCUUGAGAGCCAGUGUUAAAACCUACACCCCAACUGAACCUCUGCAAUGUUUUGUCCCUUUUUUUGUUUUAAAAUAAAAAGGGCUACGUCUCUCCCCUGGCACUGCUUUCUUAGUAGGACACGCAAUCCACCCUCUGGGAAGCAAUGAUUUCCUCAAUUCAACCUACUUCCCAGCAGUGACAUCUCACUCAUUGACACACAGUACAUAGUCAUUUUUAGAACCACAAUCUAAGAGGCUGGAUAUGUGUAUUCGACUCACCCUGUGUUAUCUCUCUCAUGUUGCAAGUUUAAUAUAGGAGGUGGCUGAACUCCUGGGAAGACAAAAAUGAGAAAAAUAUUUGACAGACUUUAAUGUUUACAGCCCAGGACACAAGGAUCAGUGCACUGACAAAAAAAAUAACACACUUAAAAUAUGAUUUUCUUUAUAUGUAAUUGAGGUAUUGUACAUGAGAGAACUGUCACCACCUGAAUCACUCCACGUUACUUAUAUGUUAACGCCAGUACCUUCCUCUAUUCCUCACCCGUUCUGCCUCUAAUUAGUAAGACUCUUAAGCAGUUAAAUAUCCAAGAGAAUGAAUAAAAUUAACAUAAACAGAUGCUAAUUUAUAAUGCAACUUUGGAGAAGGUUGCAAACCGAGAUUAAGCCACUGUUAAUGUUAUAAGAUUUGAACUUUUACCCUAGCAACAAAUUGUCAGGUGUCAGAAUCACAAAAGACACCCACAGCACAUCUCAGUGAAGCGGUCUGGGUGUAGUGACCCUCGAUUCAAUGAGAAGCAUUGAUCGGACGUGUGCAUGACACUUGCUGCAUAUGUCUAUAUGUACUUAAAUCAGUCUCUAUAAGAUGCCUCCAUGAUGAUGUUGCAGCAGUUCCAAUUUAUUCUUGGCACUGGAAAAAAAAAAGGUAAGUAAAAACUUUUUUUCCACUACAGCUCAAAAAGGAGGUGGGGGAAUCUAAAUUGGGUCCAGGACCUAGUUUCUCAACCCAUUGUAUGCGUACCCAGGAGGUAUGCACACCAAAGGCAGGGGGUAUGCCAAGAGGUGGCCGGCUGGGGAAGAAUGGAAGAAUUAUCAUCCAGCACUUCUCCCUCACGCACCCUGAGGUGAUAUCGGGCCACAAGUCCCACAAUGGACUGCAGGGAAAAGAUCCACUCCAGCUCACUGAAAAGUAGAGAGGCUGGGUGGACUUAAAUAAAAAAUAUUUUAAAACAUAAUAAUAAUUUGUGUGUUUGAGAGAAUGUGUAUGUGUCUGUCAGUAAAUGUGUGUGCAUCGGUCAGUGUGUGUCAAACCAGUGAGAGUGUUUGUCAGUGAAUAUGCGUGUCAGUAAGUGUGUCUGUUAGUAAGUGUCAUAUCAGUGAGUGUGUGUGUCAGUAUCCUGCUCUGUGUGUGUAAAUGAGUGUGUCCCUGUCCUCUGUGCAUAAAUGUGUUUGUGUCAGUUUCCUCUGUGUAUAUGUUUGUGUGUGUGUCAGUGUCCUCUAUGUGUAAAUGUGUGGGUUUUAGUGUACUCCGUGUGUAACUAUUAUGUGUGUAUUAUAUUUUCAUUUUGUGACUUUUCUACUUCACAUUAAUAGCUCACACACACUCUGCCGUACAUACACAAUAUUCACAUUAUGUCAUAUUUAUUUAAAUAUUCUUUACUACCUUUACUCAGGCCUGUUCUCAAAUAUAGGAUUAACUUAAAUAUCAGUAUCAACACAUUUCAUUUGAAAUUUAAAUCAAUAGAAAUGACUUUCUCGAGGAAGAGGUACUACUCUGUAAAAGGUUAAGAAACACUGGUGUAGGACAUGUUUUUAUUUCUAAUGCUAUGGCAUUCCUUAAAUCUUAUUAAAAAUGUCUCAGACUGGUAAACAGAUCACUAUUUAGACCCCUCUCCCUCGCUCCAAAGCACGCUCACAGUUUAAUAUGUUGGGUCAAGAAUUAUCAAAGUGCUGUGUUUGAAAAAGUGAAAGGAAUGGAGCUACCAAUGGAUCAUACCUGCUGGUUCCAUUUGUUUCCAUGGUAAUUGCUGUGCAUUUAGGAUUAAAUCUCUCCCAUCGUCAUGGUUAAGGGACACAAACAUUGUUUGUUUGUUUUUUGGUUUACAAAAAAAAAAAAAUAUGCAUAUCUUAAAAAACAUACAAACAUAAAAUGAACCACACACAAACACCACCCCUAGGGGGAGACACACAUGCACGCAGACGUACGACCAUAAACAAAACCUCUAUUGACCACAUAACCUACGGUUCAGGUAAAGUGCACAACCCCAUACGCUACCCAUCAGCAUACCAAGACUCGCGACGGAAGCUUCAGACCGAGACACCCAAAACCACACUAAACGGGAGAAGAACUACAGAAUACACACGCAACAUACGAGGCUGCACAGCCCUUCAACAACCACAACACUACACACACACGCGAACACCAUCAUCACCAAGACAGAGCCAGCCCCGCUUGGUAAAACACAGGCAUAAACCAACAAACCACCCGUAUUAAACUACGCAAAUGCAUCAUCGCCACACGGACACGAUCACACGAACCUAUAAUCAUUGAGUCACGAAAACGCUCUCACUACUCACAACAAAUAUGAACAGGCGCACUGCCAAUUUCAGCACGAAUACCGACAUUACCCACCUGGAUGAUAGGAACAAUAUACCAACGCAAGGGUCACACCAGGUGGCUAAACAUUUGCAAGUUUAUACCAGAUAUACAAUGCGCAGUGCCUCUGCGCAGGCACCAAAACGACUACAUAGGAUGUAUACGCUAGGAGUGCACAGAUAAAAUACAAUCAUACUUGCAACAAACUAGCUAACGCAAGACAACAAUAAAAACCUACUAACACAAAGCAACUACACAAACCAGCUAACACAAAGCAACUACACAAACCAGCUAACAUGAGGCGACUACACGAACCAGCUAACAAAAAGUAUCUACACAAACCAGCUACCACAAAACAACUACACAAACCAGCUCACACAAGACAAAUACACAAACCCAAACCACAUUAGGUUCUGCAAACCCAGGCAAUAUGUCUUAAAGUUCGCAGAGCACACAUCUGCCUCACUAAACUAACUACACAUGUUCCGUUUACAUGUCUCAAUAUAUACGCCUCUGCGUAGGCGGCCAUAUGCUUUUACAAUAAUAUGUUUGAUGUCCGCAUAUACAAUGUGACGACAAUAGAAAACUAUUUAAAACAAACAUAAAAUGAAACAAAAUAAUUAACACAGAUACAAUACAAAACAAUUCAUAACAAAAUAUUACAUACAAACAAGGCUGAAAUGACUGAUGAGAGACUAUAGCAAACUCUGAUCUGACUUACUACCUCUUAUCAAAAACUGCAUUAUUACCAAAAUUAAAGGCUAUACUAGUUUUAAAGGUCAUUAAAAGCCUCACUUAAAAAGGUAUAUACAAGAAGAAUGCACUUCCAAAAGAAAAAAAAAUUAAAUAGAACAUUCACAAAACACGCUACUCCUAGUUUGAGAAAUUUUUGGACACAACCUCCAUAUAUUCAAAGGAUUGCCUUCAGACAGAUUACAGCACUAAUACAAAUUGGAACAACCACAACCAGCAUCUAUCUUAUUCCUAAUUUUAGAAACCAGAUGCCACCUGUGAAGAAUCUUAUAAUGGGGUUCUAGAUUAUUUAAAUAAUGAAUAAUCUUCUUAAUUUCUAGCGUAGAACUAAGCCAUGAAUCAAGAUGAUUUUCUUUACCCAGUUCUCUUUUCCAUUUAACCCAGACAACCGGUUUAAUUUCAUUACCUCCAGAAAAGAGCAAAGUAUGACAUAGAUUUUUAAAUAUAUUGUUGUUGUUUUCAAACAUAGCAUGGUGGCUGAGGUAAUCUUUACCACUUAAAGCGGCACUGUCAUGGCCGAAUCCAGUUUUUUUUUAACCCCCCCCUCUCCCCCUCCCAACUCCACUACAUCUAAUUGUCCAACUAGUCAGAUUAAAAUCUCCCGAAUGCCCCUACUCACUAUGCUGCGAGUAGGGGCAUGUUUACUAAACAGUGAGCAGCCAGUAGCCCCCCCGAGCACCCACCCGCCCCCCCCAAAACUGGGGGCUAUGCAACUAAGCAGAGGACAUAGGGUCCCCCUUGGCCCCCACCCAUGAGUGGCGGCUGGGGGCCCUAAAUGAAAAUGGGGGGGGAUACCUAUUGUCCUCCCCCCCAGCCCACACCCAUGAAUGGUGGGUGGGGGCCCUGAAAGACCAUGGGAGGGAUCUAUUGUACCCCACCGGCCCCCACCCAUGAGCGGCGGGUGGGGGCCCUAAAUGAAAAUGGGGGGACCUAUUGUCCUCCCCAUCCCCCACCCAUGAGCGGUGGGUAGGGGCCCUGAAUGAAAAUAGGGGGGACCUAUUGUAUUGUCCUCCCCCUGGCCCGGACCCAUGGGCGAUGGCUGGGGACCAUAAAUGAAAAAUCGGGGGGGGACCUAUUGUCCUCCCACCUUGCCCCCACCCAUGGGAUACAGGUGGGGGUCAUAAAUGAAAAUGGGGGGGAUCUAUUGUCCUACCCCCCAGGCCCUUACCCAUGAGCGGCAGGUAGGGGCCCUCAAAGACAAUUGGGUGGCCUAUUGUCCCCUCACCGGCCUCCACCCAUGAGUGGUGGGUAAAGGCCCUAAAUGAAAAUGAGGGGGACCUAUUGUCCUCCCUCCGGCCCCCACCCAUGAGAGGCGGGUGGGGACCCUGAAUGACAAUGGAGGGUACCUAUUGUCCUCCCCCCACCGGCCCCCACCCAUGAGUGGCAGGUGGGGGCCAUAAAUGACAAUGGAGGAGACCUAUUGUCCCGCCACCGGCCCCAAGCCCAUGGGCGACGUGUAGGGGCUUUACAUGACAAUGGGGGGAACCUAGUGUCCUCCCCUCCUGGCCCCCACCCACUGUAAACCCCUCUCAGGUGACUAAGGGUACCCAAACCUCUACCUACCCCCUCACCCUAAAAAUUGUGAGGAAGGAACAAUAAAACUAAAUACCUGUAAAUACAAAUUUUUUUUACAAAAGUUACCAUUUGAUGUCUUCUUUUUUCUAAAACCUUAUUUUUUUCAGCCCCCAAAAAGGCCAAAUAAAAAUCCAUAAUACCCAUCGAAAUUUGAAAAUAAAAUAAAAUACCGGAGCGCCCCCCCCCCAAAAAAAAAUCAGUUGAAAAAAAAACCCUGACGCUAAAAAAAAAAAAUCCAUCUUCACCCAGCAAGGGCACCAUGCAGACUGAGCUCCGCAGGGCAGGGAAAGGCUUAUAAAGCCUAAACACGUCCUGCAAUUUGACUUAGAGCACUCUGAUUGGUUGAUUCAAACUCUGACCCACAGGAAAUGAAGCACACUUUGCUCCUCCGCUGGUCAUAGCUGGUCAGGUGUAGGAAACCUACAUAAGACAAUAUAGUCCCUAUUUUGUCUUAUGUUUUAGACAGGAAGAAAUGAGGAACCGAUCCUGACAGAGGGAGAGAAGAGGAAUCGAUUGGGGAAGGGUACAUUCGGCAUGACAGUGCCGCUUUAAAUAAGAAAAAAAAGUCUUUAUGAUCAAAGUGAAACACCAAUUGUACUUGAGAAAAGUUCUCGAUCUUAUCAUCAGCAAUAAACUCUCCAAUUUUAAGAUUAUUAAUAACAUAGCAAAUAACUGGACAAGUGGAAGUACGAUUAUCUCUUUAGAUAGAAAACCUUGCAUUAAAUGACCCAUGCAGACCAUAUGAGUUCCUUUUUGGACUCUACAUGGUUUUCAAAAUACUUUGCCUGGAGUCCUAUAGAAGUUGUAAGCUAGACCGUGAAUCAGAUCACGAGUAUAACGGACCAAAAAUCAGUGACUCAAGGUUAACGCUACUUUUAUUUAGUAAGUUAGUGGUAUUAACCAUGGGGGAAAAAAAACAGAUUCUCAGUUUCAAGAAUAAUUAUUUUAACCCCUUAAGGACACAUGACAUGUGUGACAUGUCAUGAUUCCCUUUUAUUCCAGAAGUUUGGUCCUUAAGGGGUUAAGGAAGUAACCGCAUAUGGAGCUGUAGUGGUAAUGGUAUGAGCACAAACAAUCCAACAUCUUGGCAUCUCCUCCAUAUCAACCCCGUCUGUGGUGUCCUACCUAUGGGAUAGAAACACUGUAAACUGCAAUUCACAUUAUUCUAAAUCAAGAUAUUGUCAGGAUUACAAGUUGAUCCAGCACGCAGCACUGUGUCAGACCUAGGACUAAAGAUAACGUAUAACCGGACCUUAGGAUGGCCGGACUUAACGUCUCCAAGAAUAGUCAAAAUACUUCCAAGGUCAGGAACACAGAAUCAGACACAAAAAAAUUGGGUUUAGAUACCCCUCCUGUGGAUCCGAUUGGCUGUAACCGGCCUUUGACCCCAAAGGCAAUUACCAGGUGUGCAUGAUUGCUGCUUGGCACAACUUUUCCUGUCAGGACUGUAAUGCUGCUCGGCACAACUUUUCCUGUCAGGACAGUAAAUGCCAUUAACCACAUUUUUAUGUGCGGAUGAACACGUGACACAUAUACAGUAAAUAGAGGAAGGAUCAAUCUGAGUGGGUAUAAAAAUACAUUGCAAUAGUGCACAUUAAUCCUCUUUUGCCUUAUGAUAAUAUUACUGUAUGGUUAUGAGUAUAGUAGCAGUGAAUCGGGUGCCAUUGCACAAGUAGGCUAUGUGGUGCAUUUAAUCGAUUUACUUGUAUAAAAGUGUAAAUAUAAAAGUGUUCCUAAAUUUUACUUGAACACAGAUAUGCACACACACACGAGACACAAACACAUAUAGAGGUAUGUUUUAUAUAUGUGUGUUUGUGUAAGCAUGCUAAACCUUUUUUCUCACUAGGAAUGAUAAUGGAGGAACCCACUGAAGAUCCAGGAGGACAAGAAGCUUCAGGAGGGGCAUCUGGACGUCAAAGAGAGCACUCACCCAUGCUGCACCUGGAUCUUUAUAACUUUGAGAGCGCCGAGGCAGAGGGAAGUCGUUAUGUGCUUACAAGUCCUCGCUCACUGGAGGCCUGUGCUCGUUGCCUUGUAAAACCUGUUGAACUCCUGGCCCGGAGUCUGUCUGACCUAGUAAAAGAAGCACCUGGUAGAUCUAUGCGAGUGGCAACAGGUCUUUGUGAGGUUUACGAGAUAGAGAGGCAGAGAAAGCUGAAGAUGUGCAGGGAAGAGAGAGAGAGGAUUAUCCGUCAAGAAAAGAGACGGAUUCUACCCUUGAUAAUUGGCAGCAGCCUUGGCUCCCCAUCAACUUCAAAGUGUCCCUCACGUGGUGAACUUAAUUCCACCACAGAUCCCAAAAGGUAUGAAUCUCUGCCUACCACAAGCCACCAAAGAAAAAGUACACCACCUUCAAAGGAUGCACAUAGAACAGAUACACCACCUUCCAAGUUUCACCAAAAGAACAAAUCCCCACUCACCAAAGGAUCAAAAAAACAUCAUGCACCAACCCCUAAGGAUCAGAAAAAUGAUCCUUUGCUCAUCAAUAGAGCUGAAAGUAGUGAACCAUAUACUUCAAAAGAGCCUGUCCGUGCAGUGCCCCCAAAAAAUAAGAGCCAGUCCUUAGACUCGUUGCAGAGAAUGAGGGAUGGAGCUUCUGCAAGAACAUCUUCAGAGUCUGCAACAUCAUCUUAUAGUGGUGAUAGUAUGAAGGACAAAACAGCACAGUUUCCUCAGAGGCCCCAAACUUUAGAUACUGUUAAUUCUCUGUUAGGACGAAGUUUUAGCCUUGGAGAUUUGAGUCACUCACCACAGACAACUAAGAAAGUGGAGAAGAUGGUAAAGGAGGUGAAGAAAUUGGGUGUUCAAGAACUUCCACAAAGGGACAAGAAGAUAGCAGCCCUUAUGAUCGCCAGACAUCAAGAGGAAAACAUCAGAAAUGAGCAACGCUAUUGGGCUCACUUACAGUGGGACACCCAACGUAAAAAAUCUGAACUUAAGAAGGAACAGGAGGAUAAGGAAAGGCACAAGUUCUUGGUGCAGGGACACAGAAGGUGGGAGUCUCAGAUAAAGAAUAGACAUAACCGAAUUUCAUUGGAAGAGUUGGGCUCCUCCUCCCUAACCCAAAGCAGGAGUUUAGUACAGUUAGAGAAGUGGAGGGACAAAUCUCUGGAGACAGAGAAACACAAGAAAGGGAAGAAGGAAAAAGCCAGGCUGGACGAUGAACAAAAGAAGACCCAUGAAGAACAAAAGUUGAAAUCCAAUGAUCAAAAAGAGAAAGAGUCAUUUAAUCAGGAAGAAGAGAUACUUCAACAAAACAUGCUUGCAGGUCAAAGUAAAAAGCAGGAAAAAGAGCAACACAUGCAGAAAAGUCUACAAAAUAAAACAGACAAAAUUAAACAUCAGAUUCUUCUACAGGAAAUCUCUCAGAAGGAAGAGUCUGAGAAUGAGGAGCUCAGAAAGAACAUGGAGAAAAAUCUACACAGGGCACAAGAGAAUGUGGAACAUCUUCUAGAGAAAAGAAACCAAGAGUUGAAGAACAAGGCUCGUAAGGAAGAAUUACAAAUUUUGAGGGCCAGGCAGGUAGCAGAGAAGAAAGAGAGAGAACGUAGGGAACAUCUGGAAGAACUGGUCAGAACCGCGGAGAGAAGGCUGCAACAUGCAAGUCAGGUAGCUGAGGAGGUGGUACAGCACAAAGCAAAGAAGGCUUUGGAAGGAAGAUUGGAAAAAGAGAAGAUACAGAGGGAAAAUAGGCAGAAGGUUCAGAAGAACGAGGACAUGAAGCGUCAAGAGCUAGUCAUGUCCAUUGAAAAAAAGCUAGAGCGCAGUGAACAAAUAUACAAGGAAAAACAAACAGUGCUUGACAAUGCUCGUUCGGUAGCCAGAGCUUCUUUUAAUAUCCGAGAGAAGGUACGAGCUGAGACCAAUACACGUACCUUUGACAAGAUGGCUCUGGAAGCUGAACUAUAUGCAAGCAUUGACAAAAACUGAGAAUUAAUAAAGGCCAUCAAAACACACUUAUGCCAGUCUAGACAUUGGUAAGUAUCCACAGUAUUACGUCAGUACCUACCUUUGCGGAAAGAGAUUUGCACUCCUAAAGAGCUGUAGAAUGGUAAAUGUGCUGAUUGCAAAAUCCCAACACAGGGAAUGUCAGGCUUCUCAUAGAUGCUAUGAUUAUUUCAUGUUUCUCAUUGGCUUUCUUCAAUUCUAUCUUCUGGUAAUCCUAUGUAGAUCUAUCUAUGAUUAAUCCAUUAUCACAUUACAGAUUAAAAGGGACUGGGAAAAUGUACACAUUCAAAGAACUGCCUCAGAACUCAGGGAGAGUGAAUUUAUUGUGGCUUGUCUACUAGAUGUAAUAAAUCUUCACUUGAUUUUUUAUUAAUAAUACAGUUUCAUUCAGUUUAAUCAGAUAUCUACAAGUCCAGUGACAACUAAUGACAGCAAUAUACCUAUUAGGUUAAAUAAGGACACAGUGUAUCAAUGUGUUAGUCUGAUUUACCAACCAAAAUUGAAAACUUUAUAUUUUUAUUCCUGUUACGACCCAGAAAGUGAAUGGAGGUACUGUAAAAUUCACAUAAAAUGGUUUUGUGUGGCACUAGGUAACGAAGUGUUUUUCAUUUUGUCAGUAAGUCCCUCGUGAUUUUAGGAGACACCAGUGUCUUCGGUGACAAAUAACACACUGCAAGCAGUUCAGGAUGUCUUUGGACCAGACUUGUAUAGUUCGGCAUUCAGUGACUGCGCAACGUAGGAUUAGUUAAAAAAUUAAGAUUGCUUAAAUUCGGCAAAAUUCGAUAUUUAUCUGGCAUGCAGAGAUUAAUGUGCAACCAUGGUGUCACUGGGAGGAAUAGAAUUUUGGAACAAUAAAGUUAGUUUAAAGAUACUUUUUGUAAAAUAUUAGCAAUCAAACUGGCGCAAUAGUACUAACAGAGCAUUCAGGGCUUUUUGGAUGGAAUAUACCCAAUAGUUUACACAGUAGUCUUUUGGCUUGUGGCUGUUAAUAACUACUCAUACACAUAAUAAUCAGGUGAGGUUUGACUUGGUUUUAAAGAAAGGUAACUGGUAAAUACUAAGUUUCAGAAAUAGGCUACAUUGUUGAUAGUUUUAAAGAACUAUUUAAGAUACAUGCAAAUACAUGUAGAGAGUCAUCAGACAUGGUUAUUUGCUCAAGUGUGAAUUUUGGGGAAUUCAAAGUAAAUUUAAAAUUUUAGGCCAGCAUUGCCAAACAGAAAAAGCAAAUUUUUCCAAUUUGGCUAUUUUGUCGUACGAUUUAACAUUCAAUUUUAAUUCUCACAUUUUGUAGAGGUUAGUGUAUAAAGAAGAAACAAUAAAGUAUAAUUUUGGAACAUCUCUGGUUUUCAAAUGAUUCAGAAUUUACAGAAUACUUUUUUCAUGAGAAAGGGAGACCAGGGUUAUCUCUUUUUAAUUUUUGUGAGAAAAGGUAUUUAUUCGCUAUAUUGCAAACUGUAGUGGAUUGAAAAAUGAAGGAAAAUUCAAACUUAAAGGAACACUAUAGGGUCAGGAACACCCCUUUAAGGGUAAGAAAACGUACCUUGUUUACAGGGCCACGUGGAUCCACCUGCGCUGGUCCCACCCCCGAUCUGCCUCCUUAGCUGAGAUCAUCAGAAUUUAUGUCAGCCAAUCCAAUGCUUUCCCAUAGGAAAAGCAUUUGAUUGGCCGAGGUCAUCAGUGAAGCGGGGCAGGUUUGGGGCCAAAUGUUGGCCUGGCCAAUCGGCAUCUCUUCAUUGAAUCAAUGCAUCUCUAUGGGGAAAGUUCAGAGUCUCCAUGCAGAGUGUGUAAACGCUGAAUAACAAUGCUGUAUAUUCUGCAGCACUGCCCCAAGAAGCACCUCUAGUGGUCAUCAGAGGAGUGGCCACUAGAAGUGUCCCUAGGCUGUAAUUAUAAGAAACACUGUCCCUUUAAAUUAAAGCUUAAAUAUUCAAGCUGUGAACGUAGAUGGGAAAAUUAUUCUGAAUAAGCUAUUUUGGCCUAACUUUUAUACUUCAUGUUUCACUUCAUUGCAGUUCUUCAUUUAGCGAAUAAACCUCCGGCAUUAAGAAAGAGAUCGCAUAUACUACAUAUGUUACAAAUGCACAUUGCAGUCUGUUUACUAAACAGUGGCUUGAGGUGAUUUAAUCCACCGUCAAAACUCAGGCUAAAGUUUUAAAGUUGGGGAAAAAAACAAUCUGAUUCAGCCCACCUUAAAUGAAAAGACCCAUAGGGCCACAAAGAUCAACAACACUAAUCACCUAGAUUGUUCUCGGUGUAAAACAGACUAAAAUUGCUGUCUCUUGAGUUUAGCUUCACUAAGCUAAACAAACCAUAAGCAACAGGACCAGUUGUGUGAUUAACAGUCAGGGGUGUGUUACCAGGUUAAUAUAUAAAAGUGUAAAUUUCAACUGAAAUCUGCACUUUUUGAAAAAUGAAAAAGAGGGCACACACUGCAUACAUACAUCUUUUCAGCAAGCUAAAGUGUUUUAGCGGUCUGGAGUGUCCCUUUAACAAAUUGAAUCCAAAUGGAAAAAGUGAGGCUAAAAUAGCAGAUAUUUAAAAUUCCUAAAAUUAAAUAAAAUAGUUAAUUCUUUAAAAUUAUUAUAGUUUAGCUCAGGGGUUCCCAAACCGGUCCUCAAGGCACCCCUAUCAGUCCAGGAUAGGCAUUACCCAGUUGUGUCUAAGAUUUUUUUAUUUUUUUUUAGAAAGAAAAAUAAAAAUAAAAAAACACCUUAGACACAACGUGGUAAUCCCUAAAUCCUGGAGUAGUAAGGGACCAGGGUUCCUUGAGGACUGGUUUGAGGAUCACUGGUAAAGUUAAUAAUGGUUUGAAUUCACACAAUCGCUGACAAAUCAAAUGAGUGAAUUAGCGAAUAACCUUGUAAUUGUUUUACAAAUAGCAGUUCAGGUUAGUCGGUUUUAUUUAUUCAUGUGGCAUAUAGUACUUUAAAAGGAUAUGCAAAUGGUUACAUAACUUGUAAGAGAUUUGUGCAAAAAUAUGCUAAACUGCCAUAUUGCUUGUAAAAAAAAAAAAAAUGGCACCACUGUCAUGGCAUAGUUUCCGACGCUGUACGCAGAACCAAGCACUGGGGGCUAAGUUUUAUGACACCUCAGAAUCUUGGUGUCCAGUCCAAAGAAAACAUAUAGAAAUUUCUAUACUGAUUGGAGAUCAUUUUCUCUUACACUUUAGUUCAGAAAUUUUGCAUAUGUUAUUCAUGAUUUCAUAAUGUUAUACCUGCGUUUCUUCACUUUAUUUUCAUCCUUUGUGUACCGAUAAUAUUAAAAUUAAAGCCAAAUUGUAAUUGUGUUUUGUAAAAUCUCCAUCAAUGUAACUUGCCUACUUCCAUACUGGGACCUUGAAGGAAAGGGUGAAAAUAUAUGAAGAAACUUACUUCCAUUAGCUCCAUCUUCAGAAUAUAGCAAUUUCAUCUGCCAGGAGCCCACAUCACUGUUGAAGAGUAAAAGUUUGUAGAACAUUGUCCGUGGGUGAUCUCACACAGGCGCAAUGAGAUGCAAUGGGAUGAUGACAUUAAAAAAUGUCACGGAGGAAACUACAGGAAGCUCUGCCGAUUGCCAGAUGUUAUAAUAAUGAAUUGCAUACAUAAAGACAAAUUACCCCUAUAUUGUCACAAAUAGUGUUUACACUCCUCUAUUGGCUGUCACUUACAUAGCCACUAGAGGAACUUCCUGGAUUCAGUCCUGCAAAAAUUGAAGGAUCAACGUUCCAUAUUGUGCAUGGAGACGUUGAAUGCUCCACAUAGACAUAAAAUGUCUAUGUGGAUGAUUAUUUAUCUUCUACAGGUGGUCCUCGUUUUGCGACCUACCUGUUUUAUGACAGCACGCACUUCCGACCAGCUCUCUCGUGAGGUGGUAAGUGCAAGACGUCAUGGGAAUUAGAGGGUUCCCUGCAAUGCUGCUUUCUUCUAUGUUCGAAGAAAUUUCUCCGAGCAUAGAUUAGAGGGAUUCCCUGCUCUUGUGCAUUCGUCUAUGUUCCGGGAAAUGUCCCUAAACACAGACAUGCGCACCAGAGCAGGGAAUGCCUUAAAUCUAUGUUCAUGGAAAUUUGCACGAACAUAGAAGAAUGCAGCAGAGCAGCGAAUCCCUUAACUCCUCACUUACCAACCAAUUUGUUCUACUACCUGGUCGUAGGAACGGAACCCGGUCGGUAAGUAAGGAGUGUCUGUAUUUCUUUAAGCAGAGUAAUCACAAAAAGGUAUUGCCUUUAGUAAAAUUACUUAUUUCAACUGAUAAUUAGGUAAAAGGAAAGACUUAAAGGAAAACUUUCAUUUUUUUUUUUAAUUACUGAAAUUACAGUUUUCCUUUGACAAAAAACAUAGUUUUUAACGGUAGUGAAUUAAAAUAUAUUCCUGAAGCAUAAUUCCCAUUCCAUAGACUUAUAACAAAUGAAAUCUCAUACAAGGACAAGUACUCUUUUUGUUAUUCAUUAUUCCACAGGUUGUGAAGAAAUUACAAAGGAAAUUAAAAUUGUAAUGUUGAUGUGAAACUGUUAAUUGGGAGUUCUUUGUAUUGUAAUUGUUUUCUGUUGUUCAAAACCAAGACACAAGCACAAUCUCUGGCAGAGCAAAUCAAGAAUGAAAGGAAUGUAAUGAAAUAUACAAUCACCAUACAGUUUCAUUUUCCAGCAUUUGUUUGCUUUUGACUGUUUAACCUGUUGGGUCUUGAAGGUAUUCGAUAAAAUCAAUAGUACUUCAGGAUUCAAAGGUUUUAAUGCACAUCUUUAACUCCUACGUGAUACAGGGAAACUGUCCAGUCCCUUUCCAGUAAUACGGAUUAAGGACUCUGCAUGUUACAGAUCUAUUACACAGCUUUUUAAUGUGUGGUUCCCCACUGGAUUUGUGAGACCUCGUUAUUAAGCACACUGCUUUAUUCGCUAUGUAAGACUCACUUUGCACUGUUUAAUUUAUAUUGGUUUGUGUAAAAUACUAUUUUUAUAUCAAUAAAUUGGCAAGAUUAUGUUGUAUGAUUGUUAUUGAGUUGUGUACUCGACAAACACUCACUACAUGACAUAUUUAACAUAUAACUCAUAAAAUGAUAUCU